AACUUCACAACUUCGAGAACGAUUUGCACGUCAAGUAAAACAGCCGGACUUAAAAGAUGCCAAUCUUGUUUUAAAUAUUAGGACGAGAUGGAACCCUACAUAUGAUAUGCUUGCACGAGCAUUAGAGAUGCAUGAGGCAUUGGAUGCAAUUAUAUACUUAAAUAAAAAGCUUAAAGCGUUUAAAGCGAAUAUUAGUAGUUUGAGUAUCAACACUAUUGUAUCUACGUCAGAGCCAUAUACAUCAUUAAACAAUAAUGGAACAGAAUCACCUUCCAUGUCACCUACUUCAUUACUUCUAAUAGCAAUCAAUCACCAACUUCAGGAUCUUCUGUAUCAUCAAAAGAGAAAGAAAUCAACAAAAUUGGGAGCAAUUAGUAAUAAGCAGACAGUAUCUGAAUCUGGUAGCGAACUUUUAACAUCAGAUGAUAAUAAACGUUCUAUUGUCACAAAAAAAACUUAUUCGAUCAGCGAUGAUGAGAUUCACAGUGCAGAAGAGCGUUCUGAUGACAUUAUUAGACCGAUAAUAUUUUGA